UUUCUUUUUAAAAAUUUUAUCUCCGCUCUCUCUAAUCAGUCUCUCUCUCUCUCUCUCUCUCUCUCCUCUCACGGCGAUGCCCACGGCGCCGUUUGCCAUCGGAAAUGUCGCCGUUCUCCCUCGCGCCGCCGUUAAACUUCGGCCACGUGGGGCCGUUUUCCGCCAGCUACAUCGGCGUUCAACGUCUCGACCUCUUCUCUGUUCAAUCACCAGUGAACUAAGCCAACAAGAAGAGGAUCGUGAGGUUCCAUCGCAAGGAUUGCCCCCGGUGGCAGGAGGAAUAGUAGCAUUGGGAAAGUUUGAUGCCCUUCACAUCGGUCAUCGAGAACUUGCAAUUCAAGCAGCAAAGGUUGGACCUCCAUUUCUUUUGUCAUUUGUUGGAAUCGCAGAGGUGCUUGGUUGGGAACCUAGGUCUCCCAUAGUUGCCAAAUGUGAUCGGAUGCGAGUUCUUUCCUCUUGGGCCCCAUACUGUAAUAACAUGAUUCCAGCAGAGUUUCAAGUUGAAUUUUCAAGUGUUCGACAUCUCACUCCUCGACAAUUUGUUGAGAAGUUGGCAAAAGAGCUUGGAGUACGUGGAGUUGUUGCAGGUGAAAAUUACCGAUUUGGAUAUAGAGCUGCUGGCGAUGCAUUAGAGCUGGUGAGGCUGUGUGAAGAGUAUGGUUUGGGGGCUUACAUUAUAGGUUCUGUUAUGGACAAGAAACAAUAUGCCAGAAAUAUGAACUCCAGUGAUUCAAAAGAGAGAGGACAAGUCUCAUCAACUCGUGUUCGUCGUGCCCUUGCCGUAGGGGAUAUGAGAUAUGUUUCAGAGCUUUUGGGUCGUAAACAUCGGCUUAUAUUGAUGGCAAAGGACCAGGAAGGAUUUACCAGCAACAAAAGUAGGGUGUCAGCUCCGAAGUCCUGUUUGUUAAAUCUAGCACCAAAGGAGGGUCUAUAUGAGAAGUGCUCUCUUUUUAUUGGUGAGGACAACCUAGUACCAUGUAAAGUAGUUAUUGACACAAAGCAUGUUCAUAUUGAAAUGGAUGAGAUAGGUACAUUUAAUAUUGUCGGUAAUCAAGACUUGCGGCUCUUAUGUAUUGAAUUUGGUGAUUCAGGAACUUGAUUCAAUUAAUACUUUUUUUCCAUAU